UGAAAAUCCAAUUAAUGGCUUGAUCCACAGUAGCCUAAGCAAAACACAGUAGCCUUUAGGUUAGCAUGUCUGUUUUAAUCAACAGGGGAGCAUAUUGCAAGUAUGAACUUUUUUCACAUGCUGGAUAAAUACAGUAUACACAAGAACAAAUCAAAACCUGGAUAUGUUAUGUUUUUGCCACAAUUUUAUCAAAAGGAAUGACAUUGUCUCAAUAAUGCCUCAACCUGGGGACCUGAUUGAGAUAUUCCGGGGGGCCUAUCAGCACUGGGCCUUGUAUGUUGGAGAAGGUUACAUCGUCCAUCUCUGUCCCCCCACUGAGGCAGCUGGGGCUGGUGCCUACAGCCUAGUGUCUGUGUUGUGUGACACAGCCGUUGUGACCAAGGAGAGCCUGGAGGAGAUAGUGGGGAAGGACAGGUUCCUUGUCAACAACCUGCUGGAUGGCAAACACAAACCCCGGAGUGUUUAUGACAUACUGAGGGAUGCCCGCAGCCUGCUGGGCCUGGAGAUGCCUUACUGCAUCCUGAGGGGAAACUGUGAACACUUUGUCACAGAGCUGAGAUAUGGGAAGGGAGAGUCCCGGCAGGUGUGUGUGCUGACAAUCAUGAUAUCCUUCUGAGGAUAUCAUGACAUAUCCUGUGAUGUUGGUAAAGCAAUACUUUUGGUCUAUGCCUUGGUUUAUUGUUUGUGCCAGUU